UGAUAAAUCAUGUGCACACUUUUCACGUUGAAAAAGUGGUAGGACCCUGAGUCCAAGUUCGCGCAUGCGUUCUUUGAAGUCGGUAACUCUUUGGACUUACGAAAUGGCGUCAGCAGCGGAUUACAGCUCCUACAACCAGGCCAGUGCCCAGCAGGGGUAUGGCUCCUAUUCAGCUCAGCCUUCCCAGGCCUAUGGGCAGGCAACACAGCAGGCGUACAGCCAGCAGGGGUACGGGUCCUACGGGCAGCCGGCCGACUCCGCCUACCCCCAGACAGGCUCCUCCGCGGGGGGGUACGCCCAGCCGGCGUACGGGUCCUCCUACGGCCAGCCCCCAGCCGCGGGGUACAGCGCGGCCCCCCAGGGGUACAGCCAGCCCUCCCAGGGGUACGGCGCCAGUGGCUAUGACAACGCCUCCGCCGCGGCCGCCGCCACCACCCAGGCCUCCUACGGCGCCCAGCCAGCGUACGGCGCCCAGCCCACCUACACGGGCUACGGCCAGCAGCCCGCCUCCGCGGCGCCGCCAAGCUACAGCUCCAGCAGCCAGGCCUCCAGCUACGAGCAGAGCGGCUACUCCCAGCCCGGGAGCUACGCCCAGCAGCCGGCUGGCUACCAGACCCAGCAGGCCAGCUACAGCCAGGCCAGCUCCUACGGGCAGCAGGGCAGCUACCAGCAGCAGCAGCAGCCCCCGCCCCAGCAGCCCCAGCAGCCCCCGCCCUCCAGCUACCCGCCCCCCUCCAGCUCCUAUGGCCAGCCCCCGCCCAGCCAGUACAGCCAGCAGGGCGGCGCCAGCGGCAGCAGCUACGGCCAGCAGAGCAGCUACAACCCGCCCAGUCAGUACAGUCAGGCAGGUAGUUACAGGCAGGAGCGUCCCAGCGGGAUGAGCGGGGGUUACUCCGGCUCGGAGCCCGGCGGCUACUCCGGGGAGAGCCGGGGCCUGGGCGGGCUGGACGGGCGUGGCCGGGGCCGGGGAGGCUUUGACAGGGGCGGAAUGAUGCGCGGAGGAGGCGCAGGAGGAGCGGGAGGAGGAGGAGGAAUGGUGCGCGGGGGGAUGAGUCGCGGAGGCAUGGGCAUCGCUGGAGACAGAGGGGGCUUCAUUAAGCCCGGUGGACCCAUGAGUGACGGACCGGAGCGUGACAUGCCGCGCCCCGAGGAGCAGGACGACUCCGAGAACAGCACCGUCUACAUCACCGGCCUGACGGAGAACGCCACGCUGGAGGAGCUCGCCGAAUUCUUCAAGCACUGCGGGACCAUCCGGAUGAACAAGCGGCUGGGCCAGCCCGCCAUUAACAUCUACACCGACAAGGACACGGGCAAGCCCAAGGGGGACGCCACGCUGUCCUACGACGAGCCGCCAUGCGCCAAGGCCGCCGUGGAGUGGUUUGAUGGAAAGGACUUCCAGGGGAAGAAGCUGAAGGUGUCCAUGGCUCGGCGCAAGCCCAUGAUGGGCAUGAUGCGCGGGGGCAUGCCCAUGCGCGACGGCCGGGGCAUGAUGGGCCGCGGAGGCAUGAUGGGACGCGGCGGAGACCGCGGAGGGUUCAUGCCCAGGGGGGGCCCUCGCGGAGUGGGCCGGGGCGGGCCUGCGGGGGGCAACAUGCAGCAGAGGGCAGGAGACUGGCAGUGCCCCAACCCGAGCUGCGGGAACCAGAACUUCGCCUGGAGGAUGGAGUGCAACCAGUGCAAAGCCCCCAAGCCUGAGGGAUUCGGCCCCCCGCCCUUCUCCCCCUCAGGUGGGGACCGCGGCAGGGGGGGUCCCGGCAUGCGCGGGGGCCGGGGCAUGGACCGCGGGGGCAUGGGCGGGCCCGGGGGCCCCGGGCCAUUCCGCGGCGGGCGGGGGGGCGACCGCGGGGGCGGCGGCGGCUUCCGGGGGGGCCGCGGGAUGGACCGGGGCGGGUUCAGAGGGGGCAGCCGAGGAGGCCCCCCCAUGGACCAGAUGGGCGGCAGGGGAGCCAGGAGAGGCAUGGGCCCCCCAGGGAAGAUGAUGGAUAUGAAGGUGGACCAUCGCCAGGAACGCCGGGACAGGCCCUACUGAAGGACGGAAUGCCAACAAAAAAAACGAUUCCCAUUUAGGACAGGAUUUAUUUUUUAAAGAAAUAUUUUAAAUUUGUAAUUCCGUAUUUAUAAAAAAGGCUAUGGGAAUAUUUGGCGCGUGAUUUUCCAUUAUUCUGUUAGGAAAAUAAUUUUCCGUUUUUUGUUUUUUUUGUUUUAUAUCUUGUGACGUUUCCGUUCAGGUGAAGAAGCCCAGGUGAUGAACAUGUUGCAUAUGCAUGCUCUUUUGGUGUACAGAGUGGCUGUGGAAAGUGUUGUUAAGCUCUAGUGACUGAUGAUCAAAUUGUCGUUUUUUUUUUUUUUUUUUUUUUAACUGUGUUGCUUCCUCGUCCUGCUACUUUGCCCCUUUCCCCAGACAGUGUUGAAAAUAAAAAGCAACUUAGAAAGGAAAA